AUUUUCAGCACACAUACAAAUAAUAACAAAGUCAACAUUAUGAAGGGAUGCACAUACAUUAUGUAUCUUGCUUUGUUUCUUCUGUUCUGGUCCCCUGUUCAAUCAAAGGAGUGUUGCAGUAACAACAAAUUGAUGAGGAGUAUAAAAUACCAAUUUAAUCUCAUGAAUCCUGAUGAAUGCGGGACUGAAACAACCGAUGGUGUAAAGUCAGCUUUCUCAGCCAAUUUACACAAUCAUCUGUCGAAGGUAUCAAAGCAUACAAAACUUAUAUUUGGUACCGUGAUAACAAACACUGGGGACGCAUAUGAUAAAACAACCGGCGUGUUCACCAGCCCGCGUGAUUGUACAUUUUACUUUUCCUGGACAAUGUUUACAAACCCAGGGGGAAGCUGUCCUACUGAACUUGUGAAGAAUGGUAAUCCUGUUGGGUUAGCAAAUCUAACUUGGAAUGAAGGUAGUAAAUGGAAUCAUUCAUCAACACAGACGGGUGUCCUUUCUUUGAAGAAACAUGACAAAAUUUGGAUAAGAAUUAUACUAACUGGUGAUGGAUACUGCUACAGCGGGAUAUAUACUUCUUUUAAUGGAUUCGAAAUUUAA